AUGUCAGCAGCAACAGCUACGAUCCACACCCUCCCGGAAGUUGGCGGGAGGAAUCGGCCACUGCCGCCAACUCGAGCAGCUCCUGCUUCGCCUAUUCCUGGCGGUGAUUACACAUCCGCUACGCACACAAGUCGACCUCAAAUACAAGCGAGCAAAUCACGAGAGCUGGCGCGGGCCAUUCGAUCUCAGGAGCAGCUGGAUGCAGAGGCCACAGCCAGCAGAUCUUACAGACCUCCCAGCGCGUGGAGUCAGACGACUGAUGCCGCCGACGUCGUGUGGUCUGGUGCUGGCGCCGGUUCCAUCAAUGUGCCACCUCUGCCGAGUCCUGCCUUGAGCAAUGGAAGUCAGGAUGAUCAGGAUCGAUUCAGCGACGCUGCCAGCUGGGAAGGAGACCACACAACCUCGGCUGCAAUCGAUACGAGCCGAGAACGUUCGACUGCAGGCACUUCUUUCGACCCACGUCAAAGCGUUGCGCCGAGCGACUUUGAUCCAACUGAGGAUAGCGGAUUUGGUCAUGAGUCCCGUAGCACGUACGGGCACGCUCGUGCGUCUAGCGUCGCUUCGUCGAUGUGGGCCGGAAGAGGCAAUAGGGACAACAAUGCUGCAUCGGGCGAAAGCACCCAUGAAAGUGGUUAUAACGGUCCACCCCGUCGCAAAGCACCACCACCACCUUUACCAGGCAUCACGCCUGCCAUGGCACUGCGCGCUCAGAUGAUGAACGCGCCUGAACCCUCGCCUGGGCUCAACUCGAUGCUCAGCAGGUACUCGGAAGAAGAGGAUGACGAGCUGCGGUCGCUCAGCGGGCCACGGCCCGCCAAGGCUCAGGGACAUCGUCCUCAAGACAGCAUGGGCCACUCUGCUGUCAGCCCGCUAUCUGCCACCUUUAGCCCGCGCCUGCAAGGCGCAUCAUCACCAGCGCUCAGCGACUUUGAAGAUCCCGAGAUGACUCAGAAUCCCGACACUACAAUGAACUCGAGCAUGUUUGAGAUGAUGCCCUCGAACGCUUCUCGGGGCAACCAGUCGCCCUCCUCGCGUGCCACGACGGCAAGCUUGGGCUCGGCAACACAGGACGCUCCACCUCCUAGAGCCAUCGCGGAAGCCAACAAAGGACUUCAGUCUGUCGUGAAGCCGUCGGCAGAUCCGUCCAAAUUUGGCGUUCCGCCCCCUGCGCCGCGUCGCCGCAAGGGCCGAAAGGAUCGAAGCCCGGUUUUGAGCUACGCCGAGGGCGAGGAGGAAGAACGUAGACUGGCUUCUUCACACGAGGGCGACGGUCUGGGUCGUAUGAACAGCAUGGGACCAAAGCUGAAGAAGAACGCGCCAGCGCCCUGGGAAGUGGAUGGGGACCAGGAUGAUGGGGAUGGUAUGGGAAGCGCAGGGGAUCGGGAAUUGUUCGUGCCGCCCACGCGCAGCGGAUUCGCAAGCUGGGCGCGAGCAAGUAGCGAAAGCUCUCGACCACGAUUGACUCCAAGCAACUUGCCCCCGCUGUCGAUCGCCAACGAGAACCGCACGAGCGUUUCGGACGCGAAGCGAGGGGUCGCUGAUCUUGCAUCGGAGCAAAGAGAUCUGGACGACCAGGCAGCAGCUGCAGCGGCUCGACGGUCUAGGAGCAAGAGUGUGAGCUCACAAGCUGCAGGCAUGCUCAAAGGUCUCGGACUGGCCACCUCCGCUACCCCUGCAGUCAAGAAACCGGGCAAGUUCGCGAAGGCAUUUCGAAGGAACGCAUCGAGUCCCGGUCUCGGUGAAGGAAAGAGCAACAAGUUUGCUGCAGGCAUCUCUUCUGAUGAUUAUGCGCACCUACCUCCGCCAGCUCCCGCCGCUCCAGUGCGGGGUAACGGUCAUCUGGUCACUGCACCGCCGAGUCCCCUCAGCUUUGUGAGCAGCGCGGACUCCAUGCUGCCCCCAACGCCGGUGCCGCCCGCAGCGUCCCUAGCGCCAUUGAGCGCGCCUGCAGCUUCGGUUUAUACCUCUCCCAUGAGCUCCUCCCAGCCGGCUGCUGUCGCCCCUCUGGUACCACAGCAAGGUCGUCAGAGCAGCAGUGCCGAGAGCAAUGGUGCUGCUAGCAACUCCACCAGUUAUACUAGCGGACCCUCUAGCGAACACAACACUGCCGCCACAAGCCCGGGCUUCAGUCCAGCAAACACGGGCAAGUCUCUGGAUCUCGUCGACCUCUUGAGCGCUUCUCGCUCUACUCGCAUGAAGGACCAGCAAUUUGUGCCCAGCCGAUCACCCAUCGUUUCGCCACGAUCGCCCCUGCCCGGCUCAAUGAACCGUCAGCAAGAUGCGGUGCCCAGCCCCCCGCGGAGCGCCAAUCGCGCAGGAGGCUUGGGCUACAAGAGGUCCAGCACAUUCUUGGCGGAAGGAGCCAUGACGCGAUCUGGUAGCGCCACUUCUCGACCGGGCUUCCCAGCAGCGAACGGCGCUGGUCCCGCUUAUGUAUUUCCCGAUAACCGCAACGCUAGGUCGCCAGUGCCACACCCAGACGGCAGGAGUGCCCAGAGCCACGAGUCGGCGCACCCAGCCAGCUCACUGCCUCUGAGCGACCACGCCUCGACACAAGAUCUUCGCGCCGGGUCAGCGACGCCGACGGCGGCCAAAAUCCUGCCGGACGCCGAGCGCUCUGCUCAAAGUCAUGGCAGCGUCUCGAGCAAUCAUUCACCGCUCGUCUCUCCCAGCCCCGUCGACCACAUGAGACCUUUGCAUCUCGGUCAUGACGUCGCACCACCCCCUUUGCGUUCGGCUAGCUCGCAGGGCGAGAAUGCUCACGCUGAUGCGGUAGCGAAUAUUGGGCCAUCGGCAUCGCCCGUCAAGCAGUUGGGCCAAUGGCCUCAAAGUAUACCUGCCGCUGUAUCCCCAGGUGCGGCCAUGCAAUCUCUGCCUUCUGUCGGCUCGCAUGAGGGUGUGCCUUACAAGCUCAUCAGCCUGGAGCAAGCGAGGUUGAAUCAGGAACGCGAAAGGGGCGUUUCGGCGCGCACGGAUUUGACCCCGGCUCUGCGCAACAAGAAGAGUGGCGGUGGUUUCUUGCGACGCUUCAAGGACAAGGGAGGAGAGGGAGAUGGGACCGAGGGUGGAGCGGGAUCGAUGGCUAGCAGGCCAUCGGCCGGUAGUCUGGACAGCAGCGGCAAGCUCAACGCGGGCGCUUCUAUGCCGUCGCUGCAAGUCAAUGGAGCUGGCGCGAGCACGGGCGAAGAUCACUCUCCUUCGGCAGAAGCACCCGCCUUGUCUCUGCGACCUGUGAGCUCCAUGUUCUCGGGAUUGGGAGGCAUGCUAGACAUGGAGGAUAAUCAGGCAAGUAAUUCAGGCAUGACCACGGCGAAUGCGACAGAGACGUCCGCUCCAGUCACCGCCACCGCCUCUGCUUCUGGUGCUCUUCAAGCUCCUACCGACGCUCAGAAGCUACUCUCCCCAGCGCUGAGCUACAAAUCGUUCGGUGCCUCUCUCAGCAGUCGAUCGCCAAGCCCGGCCGGCGUGGGCCUCACAUCAUCAGCCGCAUCUUCCUCACCAGCUUCGCGAAAGGGCGCUAUUCCAGCUGCCAUCAAGACGAGCUCCAACAGCCCUCGCGAUGCGGCUCCAAUGUCGGGUCUCUCCAAAGCGACGGAUGUGAGCUCGCCCACGUAUCAAUCUGCCAACAGUCAUGGUGAUGAAGAAGAGACGUUCGUGUCGCCCACGACGAGCCCUCGUCAGCUCAAAUCCUCUUUGCCGAUGCACCCGAGCAGGUCUAGCGGCAGCACUGGUAGUGCGCCUCUGGCUCCAGCAGGUCUGCAUCGACCCAUCGCGCGCCACGGAUCUGUUCCCGGAGCUCUUGCUCGACCUUACUCGGACGCGAGCGCUUCUUCCGACGCCUCGUCUGCGCUGGGUCUGGUCAACGGCUUUCCACCCACACCGACGAGCGAUGCCGACGCUGCCGGAAUGGCUCUCAAUCCGGCUCUCUUGGCCUCGCGCAAGAGGGCCAUAGAGAUUGAGCAGACGAUGAACGAUCUGGCGGCCGAACUCUCUGCUCUUCGAGCGGCAGCCGGACACGCUGCGCCUCGCGCUUCGCCCUCCGAUUCUCCCAAUUUGGCCGCUACCGCUUCUAGCCCCUCUUCCAUACCAUCUUGCUCCGCGUGCGGCUGCAAUUGCGCAGAACAACGUCGCUUGCAAGCUGCGAAUGAGGCUGCUGUCCUCAAAGGCAUCAGCAUCAUGAAUCGCAGUCGAGCACUCAAACCCUCUGCAGCGGGCGCGGGCAAAUUUGGCGGCUAUCUGGAUCGAUGA